AUGGCUAAGAAAAAGCGCAACUAUACACACCGCCAGAAGCGAAAGAACUGGGUGGAACGCGAAAAGUUGCCUUUGGCUAGGGCAUAUGUCGAUGUUUCUAAAGAUAAGAAACGCAGAAAUCAACAAAGGUCUGAUGCAUUUUGCGAGAGGGUUCUAAAGCAUUUUAAUAUUCAAAUGGGAGGUUCGGAUCGGUCACGACACCAAGUAAACUCAAAAUGGAAAGACCUCCAAAAGAAAUGUAACGCUUUCAACCGCAUCUAUAACUAUAAGAUGAGCACUGUGGCUAGCGGGAGAUCUGAGGCUGAUGUUUUACAAUCAACUAAGCGAGUAUCGGAGGACUAUUAA